UACGGGACGGGGAACUUGGGUGUCUUGCAAUUCAUUUUUGAGCACAGGAUUGGAAAAAGAGGGAGACUGCCUUACCCAUUCGGGUCAGUACACGGGCGAGUGCUUGUCCGACACGGAGCCUUUAGGAACCAAGCAAAGUCCACCCCGCGAGCCACAUCGCAGCCCACCGGGCUUGGCAGGAUCCUAACAAUGCUACCCUCGUGUCUCGGUGCUCGGCUCCAGCGCGCCUGCACGUACGUAGCUUGCACGUGUGUGUUGAUAUGGAGUUCGUGUGUGGACCCCUCAGAAUAUGCUGAAACUGAUUUCGCAGAGAGGCGCCGAAGACAGGUCGAGGGAAGCUAAAGAAGUAAACAGGUCAUGGCACGUUUAACAAAAAGACGACAGGCGGAUACAAAAGCUAUCCAGCAUCUUUGGGCAGCCAUUGAAAUUAUAAGGAAUCAGAAGCAAAUUGCCAACAUUGACCGUAUUACAAAGUAUAUGUCCCGAGUCCACGGUAUGCAUCCCAAAGAGACCACCCGUCAGCUGAGCUUAGCUGUGAAGGAUGGUCUUAUUGUCGAAACUCUAACAGUGGGCUGCAAAGGCUCAAAAGCUGGUAUUGAGCAAGAAGGCUAUUGGUUACCAGGAGAUGAGAUUGACUGGGAAACAGAAACUCAUGACUGGUAUUGUUUUGAAUGCCAUUUGCCUGGAGAGGUGUUGAUAUGUGACCUGUGUUUUCGUGUGUAUCAUUCCAAGUGUUUGUCUGAUGAGUUCAGGCUUAGAGACAGCAGUAGUCACUGGCAGUGCCCAGUUUGCAGGAGCAUUAAGAAGAAGCAUUCAAACAAGCAGGAGAUGGGCACCUACUUGAGGUUCAUUGUCUCCCGCAUGAAGGAGAGGGCUAUAGACCUUAAUAAAAAGGGAAAGGACAGUAAGCAUCCGAUGUACCGGAGGCUGGUCCAUUCAGCUGUUGAUGUCCCUACCAUACAAGAGAAAGUGAACGAGGGGAAAUACCGGAGUUAUGAGGAAUUCAAAGCUGAUGCACAGCUGCUUCUCCACAACACAGUGAUUUUCUAUGGAGCAGACAGUGAGCAAGCGGACAUUGCGAGGAUGUUGUAUAAAGACACGUGUCAUGAGCUGGAUGAGCUGCAGCUUUGCAAGAACUGCUUCUAUCUAUCAAAUGCACGGCCCGACAACUGGUUCUGCUAUCCUUGCAUACCUAAUCAUGAGCUGGUUUGGGCUAAAAUGAAAGGUUUUGGGUUUUGGCCAGCCAAAGUCAUGCAGAAAGAAGACAAUCAAGUUGAUGUCCGCUUCUUUGGCCACCACCACCAGAGGGCCUGGAUUCCUUCUGAAAACAUUCAGGAUAUUACAGUCAAUGUUCACCGACUGCAUGUGAAGCGCAGUAUGGGCUGGAAAAAGGCCUGUGAUGAGCUGGAACUACACCAGCGGUUCCUGCGUGAAGGCAGGUUCUGGAAGUCCAAGAAUGAGGACCGAGGUGAGGAAGAGGCAGAGUCCAGUAUCUCGUCCACCAGUAACGAACAGCUGAAGGUCACUCAAGAACCAAGAGCAAAGAAAGGACGACGUAAUCAGAGUGUGGAGCCCAAAAAGGAAGAACCAGAGCCAGAAACGGAAGCAGUAAGUUCCAGCCAGGAAAUCCCCACCAUGCCUCAGCCAAUUGAGAAGGUGUCAGUGUCAACCCAGACCAAGAAGUUAAGUGCCUCUUCUCCAAGAAUGCUGCAUCGAAGCACCCAGACGACUACUGAUGGCGUCUGUCAGAGCAUGUGCCACGACAAAUACACCAAAAUUUUUAAUGACUUUAAAGACAGGAUGAAGUCGGACCACAAGCGUGAAACAGAAAGAGUGGUCCGAGAGGCGCUGGAAAAGCUGCGUUCUGAAAUGGAAGAAGAAAAAAGACAAGCGGUAAAUAAAGCUGUAGCCAACGUGCAGGGUGAGAUGGACAGAAAGUGUAAGCAGGUGAAGGAAAAGUGUAAGGAAGAAUUUGUAGAGGAGAUCAAGAAGCUAGCGACACAGCACAAGCAGCUCAUUUCUCAGACCAAGAAGAAGCAGUGGUGCUACAACUGUGAGGAGGAGGCCAUGUACCACUGCUGCUGGAACACAUCCUACUGCUCCAUCAAGUGCCAACAGGAGCACUGGCACGCAGAGCACAAGCGCACCUGCCGCCGGAAGAGAUGAGCCCGUCCGCCACCCUCACACGCAGCGGUUUUUGUUUCCAAGAAGCCAAAAUUGUUUAGAAUUUGCUUCCCAUUUUGCACCAGCCUUUAAACACUUUUCGUGGUGAAAUUUUGCACAGUAGUUUAAAUCUUUUGUUAAUGCUCCUCCGGCAUUUUUCGGGGGCUGAAGUAACAUCAAUGGAGGGUAUUACUCUAAAUAAAUUCUAAUUGAAGAUUUGUUGCAUUUUCAGCAAAUUUUAAAACAUUUUUAGGUUUUACAGAGAUUUUAACCUUUAAACAACAGAUCUUAAAACAACAACAGGUGACUACGAGUGAGUCUAACAAAGACAGAACAGAGCUGAAUGUAAGAGCGGCAGACGCUUCAGAAGAAAACAGACUACCUGGCCGUUGACCUGGCCACACGUGACCUUGCUGAGCUGGUUUUGUGCAGCUUGCUCACUGUUCACAGGCAUUGCCUGUGGCCGUGCUGGCGGCAUGUGAUUGAAUAUAGGGAACAGGGUUGACACAGCAGGGCUAGCCCUGCAUAUUUUUUCUUAAAUAUUUCCCAAUUGUGUUUUCAUUAUUUCUUUUCAAUAUAUAACUUUUAUAACAAAUUAUUAGCUUUGAUCUUGUAGUUUAAAAUUGCAGGGAAACUGGGGUAAUCUUUUACUGAGCUGGAUCUUAGAGAAAAAUGAAUAUUUAAAUUUUAAAGUUUGCACAUUUCAUCUUUGUCCUGACAUGAGUGCUUGUAACAAAAUCAGCAGCAAAAACAAAAAUCAAAAACCAAAAACUACCUGUACUCAGAACGUGGAAUACAGCUGAGGCAUGGAGUUUCUUCACUGAACCCCCUCCCUCCCCAGGGCCACCCUAACCUUACUCCCUGUGUCUCCUCGAGUGUGAGUUAGUACUCAGAGAGAGAAAGCACUUACGUGUGACAGAAGCUGUUGUUUGUAGGGAGGGUCAUUGCUACUAACGAGCUCCGUCACUGCACACAGUGACUAGUGCAUGUUACUUUUCUUGUAUUAAAGAUGCCGUGAUUUGUACAAAGUCUGUAUUUUGCGGGAUGUCUGGUUAAGAAACAUUACCAGUAGGAAUGGAUCGAUAGUUGAAUAACAUUUUUUAUAUAUACAUAGAUAUAUAAAAGACAACCAGGAAAAUUAAAUUUCUUUAAAACUAUCUCCCAAUUUGUUUUUUUUUUCCUCCAAGACCGAUCAUAGACCAAGCCAAAUUCCUACUUUAUCCUUUAGUUAUUUUUUGAGGUUAGAGAAAUAAUUUGUAAAUAUUUAUUUAGACCUUUGAUAUUUAUUAAAGCAAUUACUCACAACAGAAGUGGAAGAGUCGGGAGAAAAGCCUUUUAAAAAGUUUUCUCCGGUCCAUCAGGGUCACUCUAAAGAUGAAGGCUAAGGAGUCUUCUGUGAGCCUCCUCCAGCCAGCGCUGAUGCUAUUGCAGAUGGUGGUAACACAAGUUAAUUGACAAACUACUGCCCAACGGAGCACGCUCUUUUGUAUAAACCACCAGUAUCCCAUCAACUCCUCCAGGUUAUGCAGUAACUGCAGUAACUUGGCACCACCGCUCCCUCCUCGCUGCCGCGUAACCAUCAUUGCUGCUGCGCUGCCCUAACCAAGGACACUUGACAGUCUUUGUUUUCAGGUUUUAAAACUUCGAUCCACCCCUGUGAGAGCAAGUUAUUGUGGGAAUAUUUUUGGUGUAAAAUCAUUCCAGAGUAUGUACUAUUUACCUGAUAGCUGCAUGAAAGUGAGGUUCCUGUUACUUUGGCUUCUUGUCUCUGUCGACGCGGCUGCACAUUUCCAAGUUACUACAGCGUGAAACUGUGUGUUUAAAAAAAAAAACAAAAUUAAAAAAAGAUUGUGGCCUGGUUUUGUAAAAGUUUUAGGUAAAAUUACAAUUGAUUGUUUUAGGAAUCAUUAAAAUUUUCUGCAAUCAUAAAGCUAUAUCAAGGUGUUGAGUUAAGCCACUCUGCACAUUGUAAGUACCCAUCGUGGCUGUCCAGUUCUAUGAUGCAUUCUGGCAUUUUGUAAGCUGCUCUGACUAGCAAUAUAUAGAUUUCAUUUACUGUGUUAACAUUGGUUAAUAAAUGUAUUUAAAAAAACAA